GGCGCCGUCAGUGCGGCCGGCACAACCGCGCAGUCAUGCUGUGCCCGGCUCGUUGCUCUUGUUUCCUCUGCCGCGAACUUCAGUCCUGCCGCGCAGCGGACGCGAGGAAACCCCCGAAAAAUAUGUGCGACAACUUCAUCCUUAAAAAGGCCGAGGCCUGGGAACCGAUGAAGUUCAUUCGAGGGGCCGCUAGACUCUCGGUGAGACAUUGGCAGAACAGGGAACCCGUGAACUCCUCUAAGUCGAGAAUCGCAUCCCAUAAAUCCACUAGUUGCGAGCAACUCUACCCUCAUCCCUCCGAAGAGGACGUAGGCCCGUUUGGGAUGCGUAGAGCGCCGAGCACGGACAGAGUGAAACAAAUCGAACAUAAACCGCUGUUCAAAAUUCUUGGGAAUUCUCGACUAAAGAAAGUUAGCAACAGUGACGCUUCCGAAUCAAAAACAAAACGGAGUGUUUUAAAUUUUAGGAAAAGCGAUGUAACAAACGCUAAAAAUCUUCACGAAAAGUAUAUACCGUUGCCCCAAUCAUCGACACCUGAGCAUAUCUACAGUGAACCUAAACAUUGGAACGGCCAGUUCGAUGAUUGUUGUCGUCCCCCAGUGUAUCAAAGUGUAGAUAAAACAAAAGAAGAGAACCAGAAAGGAUCCGUGUCUGAAAAGAAAAUAUACAGUAACCGACCACCUUGCUACGAAGAACUAGCUCAAAGGCUCUCUCAGGAGAAAAAUAAAAAGACAAAUCAACCUAUUUCCGAAAAUGGCUUGGCAAAUAAAAUUACACAGAGUAAUAAUAAAGUGGUUAUUUAUUUUGGAGAUUCCAUUAUUCGUAAACACAGUGAACAAAAGAGGGAAGAAAGUAAACAGAAGGAAGACAUACCUCAAAAAGAGGAAGCGAUUUAUGUGAACGGUUUGCUAGACGAAACUGCUAAUUUGGGAUUAAGCAAAGAAGUAGACAAAGGGGGAGGAACACAGAUGGUUUCCGAAAUUGAAAUACCUGAAGCUAUUUAUUGUGAAGUGAAAUCUGAAGAUACCAAGAAUAUUUCUGAAGUUGUGACUAUUAACGAUGCCACAUAUAAGAAAGAAGUUUUUGGGACAAUGAGUUCUGAUGGAUUUCUAGUGGUGGAAUUUGAAGGAAACUUUGAGAGGGCUCGACAAUUGGUGGAACUUGUCCAUGGUGGUGGAACUGAUCAUCAUGAGGCCACAGUUCUUGACGAGGAUGAGCUAUGUGAUUGGAGUUUCAUUCAAGACUGGAGAAAACGGCCAUCGAGCGGCUGCCGGCCAUCGGAGGAGGCCGCGUGGUGCGGCGCGGUGUCUGGAGCGCGAGCACUGCGCGUGCGCGUGUCGAGCGCGGGCGCUGUACCCGCGCCGGCGCACGCACGCCGCCUGUCGCCGCCGCCGCACGCGCACCGGGCCACCACGCCGCCGCGACCCGCCUCGCCCACCAAUAAACCUCAGCACGAGGAGCCUCCAGUAUCAAUAUCGGAAACCCCUAGCACCGCACAGCUAAAGGCUGUGAGUGCUGUGUCGCAGCUGACAGUGGCUAGCGCUCCGGUCCGCAGUGCGCCUGCGCAAAGUAGCUAUGCGUUGGAACGGCGACCGAAACAUGACCACCACCACCGUUCAUUGGAAAGUGUGCCAGUUGUACAGAACGGUCGAGAAUGCAACAGCAGUUCUGAUGAGAAUCGGUCGUCAGGACACGCGUCGAUGUCCGACAGUGGAGGUGCUGAAGCAGGCCGUGAGGAACCGAGGAGGAAUCGGCAGCCCCCACACACCAGGACAAAGCAUCGACCGCAUAGCAAGCUACAGUCGCCGUGGCCGGGAGGUGGAGGUCUUGAAGACAUUAGAUCAGCUAUCAAGCAGCUGACGCUGAGGUCGCGAGACAGCAGCAGCACAGCUACAAGUGGCGCUUCCAGUGCUGGCGGUGGCAGUAACAAUGGAGCACAAGAGAGCGGCAGCGCGGCAGAGGCUCGCCGGCGGCGAGCGCCGCUGGUCAGGCAGCCGUCACUCGACACCGUGUGUACCAAUGUAACCAGCGCCGACGAAUUUGUGUGGGUGGACUCACAUAACAGAUUAGUGGAAUUGCGCCGUGUACCAUGGACAGCAAGCGAAGUGAACCGCGCGCUGCAAGCAGGACGCUGCCGAGAGAUUGCCCACCGAAUGGCUCCAGAUACGCCGCCACGGCUGGCAUAUCUACUACAGAGGGCAUUGGUGCGAAUAGCCCGUGAGGCCCAGCGGUUGUCACAGAAUUUCGGCUUUUGCUCAAAGCACGAAGUUGGUGGUGCCUUCAGAAUCGUCCUCAGCACACCACUGGCUGACUCUUGUAUAAAGGGUUGCCAACGGGCAGCGACUAUGUAUGCAACUUCGGGCAGCGCGGCAAGACGGCUCGGCUCAGCUGCCAGAGCGCGAACGAGCCUCGCUCCAGGUCGUUUCCACAGAUGGAUGCUGGAUGUUCGUGUUGCUUCGUUUAUUCACGAGUACGCGGCUAUAUACCUGUGUGCCGGCAUAGAGACAUUGCUAGAGGAGAUAGCGCUGAUCGCUGGAGGUGGUGCGACCAACGGCCCAAUAACACCGGCUGUCGUGGAUCACGCCGUUGCUAACUGCGCCGAUCUUUGGGGACUGCUGCAGCCUUAUAGCCAUCUCAAUGCCGGCAGGAUAGCAUCAGGGGCACUGUCACUUUCUCGCUGGGAAUCGAUGAGUUCUCUUGGCUCCGGUUCAUCAUCAGGAGUUCCUAGACCGGAACACAGGCAACUUGGACUCAGCCAAGACUCAGGGAUCACCACGAAUGGUUCUGGCGGGUCAGGCACGUCGGCGGGGUCGAACACGAGCUCGGGCGGGUCGGGGGGGACGGCGGGGUCGGGCGGGUCGGCGGGCAGCGCGUCGGUGCUGCUGACGACGUGCGCGGGCUCGGCGGCCGAGCUGCGCGCCGUGCUGCGCCGCGUGCAGCCGCGCCUGCCGCCGCUCGCGCCCGCCGCCGAGCGCGCGCUCUACUACUUCAUGCGGUGCUCGCAGUUGGAGCACAACAGCAGCGCUUCAGGUGGCAGUUGCGGGGCAUCUGGCCUGUGGGGUGAACGCGGAGCCGGCGCCUUACCUCCCCUGGCCGAGUGGCUGCGGGUGCUACGAGCACACGCCAGUCUGCGCCCGCCGCCGGCUCUGCCUGACGCUGACGAUGUACUCCAAGCUGCGAGAUUACUACUCCCACAUGCUGACUGUCCACCGCGGCCUAUCACGUUAGAAGAACCUAUAGAACCAGUGUGGUCUCGCUGCGCUCGGAGUACCGACGAGCUGAGCCGUGCUGCUCUGGGCUUGGCUCAGCGCGCGUUACUCAGCGGACGGGCAGAGCUAGUGGGAGGCGUGCGGCCACUGUUACCAUCCGGCGGUAUCGACGCAACCGACGCUGCAGGACUUACGGCUCUGAUGAAGGCUGCGCUCGCCGGUGAUGACCAGAUCGUUGCUAUGUUGCUGGAGGCAGGAGCAGACCCAAAUAUAGAGACCGGCGGACCUUCUGCUGCCCACUGCGCCAUGCCUCUCUCCCCACGAUCACCGAAUACGCAGCAAUCCGCCCCUGUUUAUACUGCUCCUACUGCUGGUUGGACAGCACUGGUAUACGCAUGCAGCGGUGCUGGAGGUGCCGGUGGAAAUGGUAGUGGCGGCGGAGGCGGCGCGUUGGAGUGUGCGCGGCGGCUGCUGGCGGCCGGCGCAAGGGUCGACGGCGCGCCCGCCAGGGGAGACGAUGUGUGCACGCUCACACCGCUGCAGGUGGCUUGUGGAGUGGGUAACCUGGAAUUAGUUCAGCUACUGCUGUCUCACGGCGCAGACCCAUUCCUUUCAACACAGCUAAAUGAUGCAUUGUGCUACUCAGCCGCUGCACAAUACGGUUGUUAUAGCGCGGUGGCGGUGUGCUGCGCGCAGGGCAGGCGCGCGUGCCUGCGCGGCGGCGGCGCGGGCGGCGCGGGCGCGCGCGCCGUGCUGUCGCUGGAGGAGGCGCUGGCCGAGGGCGCCGCGCCGCCCGCGCGCGCGCCCGCCAGCAAGCAGCAGCAGCGGGCGCUGCUCGACGCCAUGUACUACGCCGCCGAGACCGACCACCUGGACAUGACGCUAGAGUUGCGAGCGCUCGGCGUACCGUGGUCGUUGCAUGCGUGGACGCUGUCCCUAGCGGCCGCCGCGGAUGCCUCCCUCGACCACGUUAUCGACCAGCUAUUACAAGAUUUUCUACAGGUAUGUCCAUCCGACGACAGCCACUAUAGUAAACAAUUUAUUUACGAAUGUCUUCCCCUGCUGUUCAACAUUUUACGGUACAGCAAAAAGGAGGGCACGGUGCUGCUGCUGGCGGACAUCCUGUGCGCGUGCUACGGCUGGGAGCCGGUGCCGAGCGUGGCCGCGCCCGCCGCGCCGCCACCCACGCCCGCGCGCGUCGACCCCUCCUACGUCAACAACCCCUCACUCGCCGACGUUACCUUCAGAGUUGAGGGGCGCCUGUUCUAUGGCCAUAAGAUUGUGCUAGUGUCCGAGUCACCGAGACUACGAGCGAUGCUAGCUCCACCCCGUCCGGCUAGCGAGGCGUUGUCGCCAGCUAGCACCACGCCACCUCUUGUGCAGAUCAAUGAUAUCAGAUAUCACAUAUUUGAGCAAGUCAUGAAGUACCUGUACUCCGGUGGAUGUUCUGGUCUGGACAUACCCGAGAAUGACGUGCUGGAAGUGUUGGCAGCCGCGUCAUUCUUCCAGUUGCUGCCGCUACAACGGUUUUGUGAGGCCCGCGCUGCCAAGACUGUGGAUCUACACAAUCUUGUUUCAGUGUACAUUCACGCCAAGGUCUACGGCGCCACUCAACUCUUAGAGUAUUGUCAAGGUUUUCUUUUGCAGAACAUGGUAGCUCUACUUACAUACGAUGACUCGGUAAAACGACUGUUAUUUGGAAAACGUUUGCCCGGACACAAUGUUCUGGGAGCAUUAUUGACUACCUUACAAAAACGCAUUGAAACCAGGAAGAAUCAGGCAAAACCUAGGUAGCAGUAAUAGUUAUAAUUCUAAUGUAGAUGAAGUCGAUCCCAACAGAACUAGACAAAACCAUUGCUAAAUAUCAAAUGCAUCAUAAACACCAUUGCUAAAUGAACUUUAUAAACUAGGUUUCAUUAUAUUAUUACCACAUAGCAAUAUCAAGUCUGACUAGAAAAUAUAAAAACGGGCCAAUUUGAUAUUUUUUUUUUACUAGCAAUAUUAACACUAAUGUCAAAAUAUGAUUGUAUUGUGUAAUUCAAAGCUCAGUACAAUUUUUACUCAAUAAUUUAAAAUUGGGACGGCACUUGUGGCUUAUACGAUUAUUUGACCAAUUUACUUUUCGGAUCAGAUAUGCCACUCUGUAAAGAUCGGCACUAAUAUCACAUUUUAAAUACCUCACUUUCAUUUCACGUAGACACUUCAUCUAAAUUUUAUAUUUUCAAAUCUCUAAGCUUGUAAACUUUGGGAAUAUCAAGUGAAAUAAUAUGAGUUUUAAAACCUAAACUAAAUGCCUAAAAAUGAUAACACACUUUUCUCAGUACACUACGCUGCCCCAGCUUAAAAACUGCUGAUGUCGAAUUUACUUGUCAACCAACUUCUUAAUAGAAUUAUUAUUAUUAUAAACCUAUGAUUUCCCACUGUUAGGGAAAGGUCUCCCCCAUCUUUUUCCAAAACUUCCUGUUCAGCGUUACCUGAAAACAGUCCUUUUUAAAUACAUCUAUCUUAUCACGCAAUGAUUUCUUGGGCCUGACCUCCACUACUCUGUCCUUCAAUAGACACCUACUGAGUAAAGAUCUUUAAGAAAAAAUGUAAAUCGCUAGUGUAUUCCCUAGCGAAAUUCAAGUUUAUCUUUAUAGAAUAGCACUAUUGAGAGAUCUAAGAACAAAUAUUAUGACGUUGUCUGAAAAAUAGGUUUCUAUAUAGUCACAGAAUGUAAAGUGGAGAUAUUUACAUAAUAUCCUUGUCUAAAUUAAUAUUUGACAGUUAUGUUACAAUCAAAUUAAAAUAUAUUAUGGUUCUUUCCAUUGUCUCAUAUUCUUGAUAGAUUUAACAGUUAUAUUUUUAUCAGAAAUACAUGAGUUACAAAUAGUUUUUUAAUUCUAAUUAUUUAUAUCGUAAAAUAUAAAUAUGUUACACAUAGGAUUGGAGUGUAAUUGUUUUCUGGUCAGACUUAAAAUUGUUUAAGUACCUUCUUAGACCAACGAAGAAAAAGAAAAAUAACUAAACUUACUAUCUCGGAAAAAAAAAUAGUUAUUUCCAUAGACAAAAUUUACUUUGUGAACUAGUUCUGAAAAAAAAUAUAUAUAAUUACCUAUGAAUUACAAUACUUACAAUUUGAUUAAAGUUUGAUCUUAAUUUUAUCAGAUAGUAAAGAUAAAAUAUAUUUUAUUAUGUAGAUACCUAAGUAGAAUGUAUACAGAAGAAUAGAGUACAAUAGAAUUAUGUUUGUGUUAUAUAAAUUAAUAACGAUGUCCUUUCGAUCAACCUCUAUAAACUACUGUAUUAAAUCAAAAGUAUUACGAUUAUGUAACAAAACUGUAAUUAUUGUUGAAAUAAAGCUUGUUGUAAACGUGAAA